AUGCUGGGUCUGGAGGGCCCCUGCUGGGUGGGCCCGGGGCCUGAUGGGGGCCUUGCUGUGAGCGAGGAGUUUGGGGAUGUGAGGCUGUUUGGCAGUGCACGCCAACCCCUGGGCUCCCUGGGGGGCUGGACGGGGCACACUUUCAGCUGCCCAGCGGGCAUCUGCUCCAACUCAGAGGGCAACGUUAUUGUGGCAGACAAGCAGAGGCGCCAGGUGACCCUGUUUCCCCGGGCUGGGCCACCCAUCUGCCUGGUGUCGGAGGGCCUUGGGCAGCCCUUGGGAGUGGCCUGUGCACCCCAGGACCAGCUCCUGGUGGCUGAUGCCAAGGACAGCUCCAUCAAGGUGUACCAGGGCCUCAAGGAGCUGGCCUGA